AUGGUGUGUUUUAGACCUUCACCGCGGCUUCUUGCUGGCGCGCUCCGACGCUCGGCAAUGCGCUGGCAUAGAAUGAAUGGGGUGUUGCACGAUCGCCGGCUGCAGUGGAACCCUUUGCAAAGGCUUCAGCUGCCGUCGCGGAAAACCUUGACAGAUAUGCCGACGCUUGAUGGCACUUUAGACAUUGUCGGCUACCAGCUUUUCCGUGAUGGUUUGCUGCCGACAUCACUCUCUUCUGUCCGCGCGUAUCAGCAGCAGCAGCAGCAGCAGCAAAUGUUUACAAACUCCCUAGCAGACACCCGGAAGGCGCCAAAAGAGCGUACUCAGGCGGAGUCCUACAUGCGUAAGCACGGUGUGGUGCUUCGGCGGAGCAUCAAGGAGACCUACCUCACUAUUGGCUGCGAUGAGGCUGGCAGAGGACCGCUGGCAGGGCCGGUGGUGGGUGCCGCCGUGUGUCGCAUUCCGUUUUCUAGCUUUAACAAUGAGCUUAGCGCUGUGUAUAACGCGAGGGAGGAGUUUCAGAUCUUUGAUAGUAAGUCCUUGUCUGAGGGGCAACGCAAUGUGGUAUUUCAGAAUAUUACGGGGUACCAGACAUUAUUUGAUUUAGUUGCAGACAAGGUGUUUGUGGUGCAUCACGCAGGUGGUGAUGCUGCGCCGGACAAUGUUUUGACAAAGCGGUUCCCAUCCCACAUAAAGCUGCAGAAGUUGCCAUUUAAGAAGCUUCUUUCAAUGCAAACGCCGUAUUUAAUUUCAUACCACGGCCAAAACAUAUGUGGGAAUUAUUUGUACUUGUGGGCAAUUGGUAUAGCGAAUCACGCAUAUAUAGAUAUGGCCAACAUUUAUGUGGCCUCCAUGCACACAAUGCACCGCUCUUGUUUGGCUAUUUGGCGCACGUUGAACGAUACACGCUUUUCUCUUGAAAGGGCGCCCCGACCGAAGCAUUGCUCCAUCGCACAAUACCUUUUUUCGCGUUACUGCAUAGCUGCCCCCCAUGACUAUCACAAGCGGUACGUGGUCCCAUCGCAGAUUGAGCUUGUGAGAGGGGCGGCAGACUUUUUUGAUAUGGAACCUGUGCAACCACCCUUGAUUCUGGUGGACGGACACGCCGCCCCUGAGGGGACAAUCAACUUUUUUACAGAUAUCCAAACAGGCGGAUGCGUCCAACCCAUAAUUGAGGGUGACAAGAGGAGCUUAACAAUAGCUGCAGCCUCGUGUCUUGCGAAAGUGACACGCGAUGACAUUAUGAACUACGUGAGUACAUUAUAUCCCAGAUAUCAGUUUGCGGAGAACAAGGGGUACCCGGUGGAAUACCACAUGCGUGCCGUGCAGCGGUACGGUGUCUCCUCCAUUCACCGUAAGUCGUACAAGCCAUGCGCUACUGCCAUAACAAAGCAGCUGAAGCGCAAGGCGAAGGCCCCCCACAUAUGUAGCUGA